AUGAACCCUAUUGAAGCAGCUAAAAUAUCAAAACACGAAUACGUGGAUACUAGAAAUGCCCUACUUAAAGAAGAUAGAGAUUACGCCAUAGGUUCAGACGUAAAACUCAAUGAAAAAGAACAAGCUGUUAAUAAAUACCUCAUGAAAUACAAAUAUGAAGAGCUAGAUGAAGGAUUUGUAAAACCAGAAAAUUUUUUGGCAAGCAAUCAUUUUUUCAAAGUUAAAGAUAAAAUAGAUAAAUCGAAAGUUUUUGAAUUUAUUAAAAAGCUACCAAAAGGGGCAUCUUUACAUUCACAUGAUACUGCUAUGGCAUCUGGAGAGUUCCUUUAUCAACUUACAUUUAAAGAUAACUUAUACUGUCUCGUUGAAGGAGGUACGCUAAAACUACAAUUUUUUAGAGAUUGUCAAUGUAAAGGAAGCUGGAAACUUUUGAGUGACCUAAGGAAGGAUCCUGAUUUUGAACGUUUUUUAAAAAAUAAAUUAACAUUAAUAUGUAGUUAUCCAGAAAUUGAGUAUCCAGACUUGAAUUCUGCUUGGACAGACUUUCAAAAUCUGUUUAUUAACUUGGAAAAACUUAUAACUUACAAACCUGUAUUUCAAGAUUACUUUUAUCAAUCUUUAAAAGAAACUUACGAAGAAAAUGUGAAGUACAUAGAAUUUCGAGGCUAUCUGCCUAUAGUUUAUGAGUUAGAUGGAAGAGAAUACGGUCCAGUAGAAGUUGUUGGUCUCUACAAUGAAACUUUGAAACAAUUUAAAAAAGAUUUCCCCGAUUUUUUAGACUGCAAGUUCAUUUUUGCUCCCCAUAGAUUAGUUAAUAAUGAAGUUAUGAAUGAUUAUGUGCGAAUUUAUAAAGACAUAAAAAAAGCUUACCCUGAGCUAGUUAUUGGUUUUGAUUUAGUUGGACAAGAAGAUCUAGGUGAACCUUUACUAAAUUUUACAGCUCAACUUUUAGAGCUUAAAAACUUUGGUUGUAAGUUUUUCUUUCAUGCCGGGGAAACAAAUUGGAAUGGUCAAUCUUCCGAUUUGAAUUUAUUUGACGCUAUUUUAUUGGAUUCUAUAAGACUGGGUCAUGCGAUUGCAUUGUUAAAACAUCCAGCUGCAGCUAAAUUAGUUAAAGAGAAAGGAAUAGCUAUAGAAAUUUGUCCCAUAUCAAACCAAGUAUUGAAACUUAUUUCAGAUUUGAGAAAUCAUCCAGCGUCUAUAAUGAUAGCAAAUAAUUAUCCCGUUGUUAUAUCUUCUGACGAUCCCUCAUUUUGGGGUGCCAAAGGGAUUAGUUACGACUGGUAUGUUACCUUCAUGGCUAUCAGUCAUAGAGAUAGCGACCUUAGACUAUUGAAAAAACUUGCUUUGAAUGCUCUAGAUUAUAGUGGCUUAGAGAAAGAAGAAAAGGAAUUGGCUAAGCUUCAUUGGGAAGCUGAUUGGGAAGCUUUUAUUCGAUCUGUGUAUUAUGAAUAUAGUAAUGACGAAAAGUGUAUGUGUAACAAGUAA